AUGUCGAUCGGACGGAUGUCGGAGUUUAAGUUAAGUGGCUCGAACUGGAAUACCUACAUUUCCAGAUUUGAGCAGUACUUCAUUGCUAAUAAAAUCGAAGAAGAAUUAAAAGUAAAUACACUGUUGGCUGUCGUCGGGGAAGAAUUGUUCGAGCUGAUGAUCGAUUUGUGUAACCCGGACAAACCGGAGGAAAUUACUUACGAGGCAUUGGUCAGGUUAGUUAAAAAUCAUCUCCAUCCAGAGCCGUCCAAAAGAGCAGAAAGAUUCAAAUUAAGAUUACGCAAGCAAGAGCCCGGCGAAUCUUUAGCGCAAUAUUUAGCUGCACUUAAAAAACUAGCUAAAACAUGCCAAUUUGGAGACAGUUUGGAAGACCACUUAACAACUUAA